CCUUCACCCAGCCCCCCACAUUCUCACCCUUUUUAAAGAUUCAAGUCUUCAAGAAAAUGGCUCUCCCUAGAGUUUUCUUGGUGGGUUUCCUUGCAAUGGUCUCUGCAGUUCAAGUGUACGGCGAUGGUGGGUGGAUUGAUGCACACGCCACCUUCUACGGCGGAAGUGAUGCUUCCGGCACAAUGGGUGGGGCUUGUGGGUAUGGAAACCUGUACAGCCAAGGGUACGGCACCAACACCGCAGCUCUCAGCACUUCUCUGUUCAACAAUGGGCUCAGCUGCGGGUCUUGCUAUGAGAUUAAGUGUGUCAGUGACCGUCAAUGGUGCCUGCCGGGCUCAAUUGUGGUCACAGCUACCAACUUCUGCCCGCCAAACAGCGCCCUCCCCAACAAUGCCGGCGGCUGGUGCAACCCUCCCCUGCACCACUUUGAUCUCUCUCAGCCUGUUUUCCAACACAUUGCCCAAUAUAGGGCUGGAAUUGUCCCUGUGGCGUACAGAAGGGUACCCUGUGUGAGAAAGGGAGGCAUGAGGUUUGCCAUCAACGGCCACUCCUACUUUAAUUUGGUUCUCAUUACCAACGUUGGUGGUGCCGGUGACGUCCACGCCGUGUCCAUCAAGGGAUCCAGGACCAGCUGGCAGCCAAUGUCAAGGAACUGGGGCCAAAAUUGGCAGAGCAACACCUACCUCAACGGCCAAAGCCUCUCAUUCAAGGUCACCACCAGCGAUGGAAGCACGGUUGUGUCCAACAACGUUGCCCCCGCUGGGUGGUCCUUCGGUCAGACCUUCACCGGCGCCCAAUUCCGCUAGACAGUAGUAUUUUUUAGUAUCGACUUCUAGCAUACCAAGGGUAUAAUUGUAUACUAUAGUUUAUGGGGUAAGUAUCUGGACCUCUAUUUUUUAGGUCAAGAUGAUGAAGGGCUUAUUUUAAAAUGGUCCUUUCUCAUUUUGAUGAGCUGUAGUUUGUAGGGUGUGGUAUUUUAGGGGCCCCUAUUUAUUGUAUUAAGAGGUCAUCUGCCCAUUUUUCCUUCUGCUUCAAAGCAGGAGAGGCAGAGGUGGACUGUUACCACCCGCCGUUAAUAGCUAGUAACCUUUUUUUGUUUUGUUUUUUUUUUUCGGGUUUCUGGGGAUGUUAAGAGGCAUUGAUUUGGGUUGUGUGGUCAUUUUCAUCUGCUAAAAAUGUCCAUUGCUGUUAUUUGUAGGGGUAAAAUUGUCAACAUGUCAGAUUUCUACUAGUAAUGGAAGAAAAGUUGCUAAUUUAA